AUGAGAUUUAAGUUGGUUUUGAAAACUUUCUUUCAUGAGCCCCUUUGCUUUGCAGGACUUCUCCAGACAGGUUAUGUCACCAGCAGAGGCUGCCCUGAAGCUCCCUGUGGCCCGGAGACUAUGUACAAGAGGAAUGGUCUGAUGGCUAGCGUUUUGGUUACCUCUGCCACUCCACAGGGCAGCAGCAGCUCAGAGUCUCUGGAGGGCCAGAGCUGCGACUAUGCCAGCAAGAGCUAUGAUGCCGUUGUCUUUGAUGUCUUGAAAGUGACUCCUGAGGAGUUUGCUAGCCAGAUUACACUGAUGGACAUACCUGUGUUUAAAGCCAUCCAACCAGAGGAACUAGCCAGCUGUGGAUGGAGUAAGAAGGAGAAACAUAGUCUUGCCCCCAACGUUGUGGCCUUUACCCGGAGAUUUAACCAGGUCAGUUUUUGGGUUGUAAGAGAAAUUCUCACAGCACAGACGUUAAAAAUAAGGGCAGAAAUCCUGAGCCAUUUUGUGAAAAUAGCCAAGAAACUUCUCGAACUCAACAACCUUCACUCUCUCAUGUCUGUGGUGUCAGCAUUACAAAGUGCACCCAUCUUCAGGCUGACGAAAACCUGGGCUCUUUUGAAUCGAAAAGACAAGACCACCUUUGAGAAAUUGGACUAUCUGAUGUCUAAAGAAGAUAAUUAUAAGAGGACUCGAGAAUAUAUCCGAAGCCUGAAGAUGGUCCCCAGUAUUCCCUAUCUAGGGAUCUAUCUUCUGGAUUUAAUCUACAUUGAUUCUGCAUAUCCUGCCUCAGGCAGCAUCAUGGAAAAUGAACAAAGAUCCAAUCAGAUGAACAAUAUUCUCCGGAUAAUUGCUGAUUUACAAGUUUCCUGCAGCUAUGAUCACCUCACAACCCUGCCCCAUGUGCAGAAGUACCUAAAGUCUGUACGCUACAUUGAAGAGCUCCAGAAGUUUGUGGAGGAUGACAACUACAAAUUAUCUCUCAGAAUCGAACCAGGAAGCAGCUCUCCAAGACUAGUUUCUUCCAAGGAAGAUCUUGCAGGCCCCUCUGCUGGCUCCAGUUCUGUGAGGUUCAGCCGGAGGCCUACCUGUCCUGAUGCAUCUGUUGCUGGCAGCCUCCCCACGCCCCCAGUCCCAAGACACAGGAAGAGCCACAGCCUAGGCAACAAUAUGAUGUGUCAGUUGAGUGUAGUAGAGAGUAAAAGUGCGACAUUCCCAUCGGAGAAAGCGAGGCACCUACUGGACGACAGCGUCCUAGAGUCCCGCAGCCCCCGCAGGGGCCUUGCUCACACCUCCUCUGCCGUCACCAAUGGACUCUCCCUAGGCAGUAGUGAGAGCUCAGAGUUUAGUGAAGAAGUGUCUUCAGGGCUGGAAAGUCCCACCGGCCCGUGCAUCUGUACUCUGGGCAGUUCGGCAGCAGUGCCCACCAUGGAGGGGCCUCUGAGAAGGAAAACCCUGCUCAAGGAGGGACGGAAGCCCGCGCUAUCUUCGUGGACCAGGUACUGGGUCAUACUCUCAGGAUCCACCCUCCUGUACUACGGAGCCAAGUCCUUGCGGGGCACAGACAGAAAACACUAUAAAUCCACUCCUGGCAAAAAAGUCUCCAUUACGGGCUGGAUGGUGCAGCUGCCUGAUGACCCCGAGCACCCUGAUAUCUUCCAGCUGAAUAACCCUGACAAAGGCAAUGUUUACAAGUUUCAGACUGGUUCCCGGUUUCAUGCAAUACUGUGGCACAAGCAUUUGGAUGACGCAUGUAAAAGCAACAGGCCUCAGGUACCUGCAAACCUUAUGUCAUUUGAAUAA